CUGUAUUCAUUGUUUUCUCACACCACAGUGCUAAAUUACGAACUUUAAAGGGAUGAGACGAGAGCACUGGCACAAUAACAGGUUAAGUCACUCCCAUUUAACAGCAAGUUUUGCUUUCAGAGAAAACGAAAGUUAAAGAGAGCAGUGAUGAAGAUGGCAGCGAGCUGUAAAGACCCUGAUCCGUUAUCCUGCUCGAUAUGCUUGGAUAUACUGAAAAGCCCUGUGACUCUUCACUGUGGCCACAGCUACUGUAUGGACUGUGUAAAUGGCUACUGGGACCAGGAGGGUCGUGGUGUUUACAGCUGUCCCCAGUGUAGACACACUUUCAGCCCCAGACCUGUGUUGAAGAAGAAUACAGUGCUGGCUGAUUUGACAGGGAAAAUGUCAGUGGCAGAACAACCCACCCCUUUUGUGAAGGAUGAAGUCAACCAGGGGGAUGUGGAGUGUGAUUUCUGCACUGUGAGGAAGCUGAAAGCUGUCAAGUCUUGCCUGGUGUGUCUGGCUUCUUACUGUGCCACUCACCUGCAGCCUCACUAUGAAUCUGCUGCGUUCAAAAGGCACAAGUUGGUAGAAGUCUCUGCCUCCAUACAAGAGAAGAUCUGCUCUAAGCACGACAAGCUGCUCGAGGUCUAUUGUCGCAGUGAUGGCCAAUGCAUUUGCCUGCUUUGUGUGAUGGAUGAGCACAAAGGUCAUGAGACUGUCUCGGCUGCAGCAGAGAGGAAAGUGAAACAAAAACAAUUUGGAAAGACAAAACAAAGAUACCAGCAGGGAAUACAAGAGAAAGAGAAGCAGCUGAGGCAGCUGAGACAGAAAAUGAAAUCACUGCAGUGUUCUAGAGAUGCAGCAGUUGAACAAAAUGAGAAGGCCUAUGAUGAAAUCAUCCUGAUGGCGGGUAAAAGGCGUUGUGCUGUGGAAGAGCUGAUCAGAGUUCAGGAGAAGGCUGCAAUGAGUCGAGCUGAGGCACUCGUGGGUCGGCUGGAGAAGGAGAUCUCUGAGCUGAGAAAGUAUGAGGAUGAACUGAAGCAGCUGUCACUUACUGAGGAUCACAUUCAUUUCCUGCAGAGCUGCCAGUCCAUUUUUGACUGUCCGGAACCUGACGCGUCCUCUGAUUUCAGCAUCCUCCUACACACACCUUUUGACUUUGUGACGAAGGCUAUUUCUAAUUUGAGAGACACAAUGGAAAACAUGGCAAAAACUAUUGCAGAAAUAUCUGAGACAAUUCAAGCUGAUCCUGAUCCUAAAACAAGACAGGAGUUCUCACUUUAUUCCUGCCACCUCAGUUUGGAUCCCAACACAGCAUUUAUAAAUCUGUUGCUUUCUGAGGGAAACAGCAAGGUAACCUGGAUUAAAAAAGCCCAGAGGUAUCCAAACCACCCAGAGAGAUUUACCAAAUAUGACCAAGUAUUGUGCACUGAAGGUUUAUCUGGAGUUUGCUACUGGGAGGUUGAAUGGCGGGGGCCUAGGGUUGAGGUUGCUCUGUGCUAUAAAGGGCCAGAGUUGGAAGAAAGUGGCUUUGGAUACACAGACCAGUCCUGGUGCAUUUCCCUUUCAAAUUUUGGCUGCACGUUUUGGCACGGUGGAAUCAAAACCAAAAUAUCCAUCACCUGCUCCUCUACUGUAGGAGUGUAUCUGAACCAUAAGGCAGGGAGCCUCUCCUUCUACAGCGUGUCUGAUUCUGGUGAAAUGAUGCUCCUUCACAGAGUUCAGACCACUUUCUCCCAGCCUCUGUACCCUGGGUUCAUGGUCUCCAGAGGAGCAUCAGUUACGAUAAUAUCUCAAAAGUAAAGGUCACCCACUGUCAAGGUGGCUUGAGUGAAGCAUCACCAUUACAGUGAGUCUCUGUGCCCUGUCAUGUGUGUGCAUUAAUCAGCAGAGAUCGUUGCUCAUUAAACUUAAAGCUUGAUUGAGUUCUUUAAAAUGUUCAUUAUUUGCAGUGAAAAGGCUGAAGAUAAUAAUGACAUAGAUGUGAGUUGUUUACGUGUCAUGUUUCCCAUCCAGUAAUGAAUCUUAUUGCAGCGGUAAACUCAGCAUUUUGUUGCUUGUGAUGGUUAAAGUGUUAAAUAGUGUAGAAUAAUUAUUUUUUAAAAAGUGUUGGUAAAAUGUUUAAUUUUGUUGAGGUAAUGGUACAAACAUGGCUUCAUAAAAUUAGAGGUAUUGUACAAUAAGUAUUGGCUCAGUUACUUAAUUACAAAAAAUUUAUGCCAAUAAAAUUUCCUGCUGUUUGGGUUAGUUAAAUAAGAAUAAAAUAUCUGGUUUGUUGAUUCAAAUAAAUGUUUAUGGCAAAAUUUGUAUGGGCUUUUGUGAAGCACACUAGCUGUGAUACGAACAAAUAAAUACAUUCAAUAUGAUGUUAUAGAGAGCUGACAGAAUUUUUAUGUGAACUUAUAAUUUUUUAAGUAUUUUGUUUGUAAAAAUAAAAAUAAAAAAAUAAAGAGAGAGAGAAACAAUCCCAGUGAAAUAU